AUGAUAUUUAUAAUUUAUAAUAAAAAGUUCAUAGGGUUUUUAAACGCCAAUACCGAUCCAUAUAGUAGAAGUCCUGCUAACUACGGUUUAAUGGAUCAAAUUGCUGCUCUACAUUGGAUUCAGGAAAACAUCGCUGUAUUUGGAGGCGAUCCUACCAAUGUUACUCUAUUAGGACAUGGGACCGGCGCUGCUUGUGUAAAUUUUCUUCUAACAUCUAGUGCUGUUCCUGAAGGUAGGGCAUUCUUUAAUAAAAUAAUCACAUAA